CGCAGCUUUUUGCGUCUCAUUAAUUCAGUCUGGAGCGAAGUGAAAAAGCCUUUUUCAUCAGAUGCGCACAGAGAGGAGAGGACUGAUCAUCCUGUGCGCUCCGACCGAGCUGAGUUCAAACGUGGUUUGUUUUUAAGAUGAAGACAUCCUGAUGAUGGGUUUGGAUUAAAGAAGUCACCGAGAGGCUCUUUCAGCAGCAGCUGGAGUGAACCAAGCAACCCAUCUAAGAAGGAGGCGUGCAGAUCGGGAGGCAUGUCAUCCGAAAAACACGGACUUGAUGACUCUGGCCGUCAGACCAUGCAGCCUCCUCCGUACCUGCCGGGCCCUCAGGACCCCAGCGUGCCUCAGCAUCCAAGCGUCCCUGCUGCCCCGGGUACCCAGCCCAGUUACCCUCCUCCUCCACCUCCACCUGGCUCUGAGGGAUACCUCCAGGACACUCAGUUCCACUGUGGUUCUCUGGGCCCACCUGGGGCAUCACAGGGCUACAUAGUCCAGACCCAGGGUCCUGGAGGUGCCAUGCCUCACCCUCCUGUGGGAUACAUCCAACCGAGCUACCCCCUGCAACUGCAGCCCUGCACAGCCUACGUACCCGUUUACCCCAUGGCGUCAGGUCAGCCCUACAUGCCAGCAGGAGGAACUCAUCCGGGGAUGCCCCCAGGUCAGAUUCACCCAAUGCAAAUGCCACCCUGCAUUACCCUGAUGGACCGCCUGCCGCCACACGACUACCUGCCCAUCGCCGUGCUCACCACUGUCUGCUGCUUCUUUCCAACAGGCAUCAUUGCUAUCUGCAAAGCAGCGCAGGUGCGCAUGGCGAUAGCUAGAGGGGACAUGGUGACGGCGGAAAUAGCCUCUCGUGAGGCGCGCAACUUCUCCUUCAUCAGCUUGGCCGUUGGCAUUGCCUCCAUUGUGCUGUGCACUAUCCUCAUCGUGGUGGUCAUCAUAGCCUCGAAGAACAACGACGAUGACUGGGAACCCUAACCAGGCCUGAACUCUCUAUGGAAAAUCACAGCGUAUACAUAUAUAUUAUCUAGCUAGCUAAAGUUUAAUGGGGAAAUAGAAGUGCACCAUUUCCCCUUGCUGCUCCUUUACCUGCAAUGUCUCAUAAUUUAUAAAUCAUGUGUUUAUUUAUUUAUAUUCUGUUAUUUAUUAUUCUAUAUAUACCCUUGCAUCGACUUGGUCUGCUGUAACUUGGAGUGAUUCAUUGCAGCUAUCCGAUACUCUGAAUUGGCUUAGUAUCUCGUGAUGAUGACGUUGCACUUUGUAGUGAUCGGAUAAAAUGACACAGCUGUUUACAUUUACAGGUAUUAUAGUGCAUGAUGAACAUAAAUCCAUGCUGAUGGGCUUUCAGUGCAAAAAAAGGUAGAUGCUCUCACAAAUGAGUGUUUCGUAAAUUUGAAGUUCGUGCUACGGUAUUUUUCCAAAUGUCAAACAAGGUAUCAUCAAAACUAAGAUGGGGAGAUUUAAGUGUUGCAUUUUUAAAUAUUAGGUCUGCAGAAAUUGUUUUUGCAAGUAUUUUAGAGAGUAUUAGCCUUUUUGUGUGGCACACCUCUUUCUAUUUACUCUCUCGGACACUGUUAGUAGUGCAACAUUAGCUGUAUGAGGCAACAUAGCCCCGCAUGUCAUCCUCUGUUUGUCUCUGUUAAUUUUACGUAUUAAGACUCGAUGUGUACAUCUGGUUUCUAUAAUGUAGAGCUGAACAGCAGUGUUGCUGUUGUCUCUGAGACUAAAUAUGGCGGCUAUAGUCUUAACAAUAAUCUGAAGUUUCUGGGGUUAUGAAAUUAAUAUUUGUUUCCAGUUGCAAAGAAAAAUAUGAUAAAUGCCUCUACUCUAUUGUGGCACAAACAGUCUCCCUUCCUUGAUCUCUGUAUUAUUGGACCUAGAUUUCUUCAUUCUAUCAUCCACUGGUCUCUAUAGUGAAAAUAUUAUUUAAAGACUGUAGAAUUUUUUAUGAAAAUUAUGUUUGUUGGCACUAAACAUAAAUGGAGACAGAAAAAACAGAUUUAUGGCACAGUUUAUUACCAAUAUUAUAAAUCCUCAUGUGUUUAUAUUCAAAACCAAAAAUAUAUAUAUAUCUGGCACAACAUCAGACAAGGUUUAACUAAUCAGACUAAUUUGUUAAAACAUUUUAAAGUAUAUUUUCUGCUGCUUUAUUAGAAAUGACAUUUAAAAUUGGGUUGUUGUGGGAGAAAUAUGGGGUGCCAUUUGUAAAGUCAAAUGAGUCCUCAUUUAAAAGCAGUAUUUUGGGUUAUUUAGCACAUCACAAGAGCAAAAGAAUAAUGGGAGUUCAUUUGUCAAAAUCAGAUUUUCACCGUGCAAUUCAUGCAUUCAUGAAUAUUAAAGAUCCCAACUAAAUAUUUAGUUAGCAAGCAAAAUCUUUAAUUUGGAGUGAAAUAUUUAUUUUACAAACUAAAUAUUUAGGUCAGAGUUUGUUAAAUAAAUAUUUCAUUUACUUACUAAAGUUUUAAUUUGCUCCACAUUAAAUAUUUAUUUUCCAAACUAAAUAUUUAGCUGGGAUCUAAAUAUUUAGUUCCAAAUUCAAUAUUUAGUCAGGAAAUUAUUUAUAUUUAUUUUACAAAUUAAAUAUUUUGGUCUGACCUACUUAGUUUGUAAAAUAAAUAAUAACCUCUAAAUUCAUUAUUUAUUUUACCUACUAACUAUUUAGGUCUGACCCAAAUAGCUUAGAAAAUAAUUAUUUAACUCUAAAUUAAGUAUUUAGCUUGCUAACUAAAUAUUUAUUUGGGAUCAUUAACAUUUAUAAAUGUAUGAAUAACAUGGUGAAAAUAUAACUUUGAAAAUAACUUCCAUUUUUUCUCUUAAGAUGGGCUAAAUAACCCAAAAUAAUGCUGUUAGGUUAUGACUGUUUGUGACCUUACAAAUAGCACCCUGUAGAAUGUGGUGCAAUAAACUGUUAGAGUAAACCAGCAUAAACCUAAAUUUGUAAACAUAAAUUUGUAAACUUUUUUUUUCUUCACAUUUGAGUUGCUUGUAUUUCCAUCUAGCUGUUUGUAUAUCAAAAUGCUCAAUGUUGUGAAGAAAUAUAAAUUAAAACAUUUAUAGUCUAUAAAAUGGCUGCUAGGUGCUUAAAAAAACACAUGUUGAAUUGUUAAUCAGCAAAAGCAUCUCAAUUUACAAACUCAAAUAAAUCCUUGGAAGACCAUUAAAAAGAAAUUUGGGAAAUAUGUAACAGAGGAAAUCUUUGCACAUGUUUUUUGUUUUCAAAUUUUUAUGGUGAUUUCUUAAAGCUUUUUUAUUUUCCAAACACAAAAACCACAUAUAUACUAUCAAGUUGAGACGCGUAGCAAUGCUAACGUCUCAGAUAGCUGUGCUAAAUGAAGCGUAGCUAACAAAAGAAAUUUAUGCUAGCGAAAGAAAUGCAGGAAGCUGCGAUCCUGACUAUUGUCAAAUGUUUUUUAAGUCUGCCUUUUAGCACCUCUAUUAUUUGCUUUGUAAAUAUUUAAAAUAUAAUAUAAAAUGUUCAUUAUUGAGGUGUACAGGAGUACCAGGUGUGUUUCAUGUAUUUUUAGAGUCAGGCUAGCAGCUGUUUAACUCAGAGCUGCAGCUACACGUUUACGUGAAAGUAAACAUUUAAUUUUUUUUAUCUCUCUUUAAAAAGCCAAAUAAAGUACCUCUAGAGUCUCAACUAAAUGAAAAUCGGUGUUAAAAAUGUAAAUGAGGGACAGUGUUGUUUAUAUAUAUAUUAUUUAUUUAUUUUUUUUCUGUUCAGAGUUUAUUUCCAGCUUGUCAAUCUGAAGGGUUGGUCAUUCAAGCAGCUAAACCUGUGUACCCGUGGGGUUUAUUAUUCUCAUAUUCUUGGCUGUAUUGAACAUGCAUUGGUUGCUUCUGAAUUGAGUUGUUUGAGUAAAUAAAAUAAUAAUUCAGAUUUGUGAGCGAUA